AUGCUUUGCCUCUUCUACAAAUUGGCGACCAAUCAGAUUAAAGCCUUCUCGACUUCAUCAGCCGAAGAGAAGGUUGAAGUUUUGAAGAAACAUACGGAUAGUUCUGGCGAGUUGAAAAAUAAUAACCGUGUAGAGUACAACCCUGACACCGGAAGGUGCAACCCCUCUAUACUGGACGGUAAUAUCGUGGCAUUGGAAGGAAGAAGUGAGUCUACCUCAGUUAUGGAUUUUCCAUCCAAGGGUCAGGAUAUUUUGCAUGAUAUAAGUGAAUCUACAUCAGUUAUGGAUUUUCAAUCCGAGGGUCAGAAUAAUUUACAUGAUAUCAGUAAUAAAACGGAUUUUAAAGACAGUCCAUGUCAAUCACAGCAGAUGAAAAUUUUGGAAAGAGUUGAUAGUUUGUCUGAAAAUUCUGUGGUGGAUUCAAUCUCCAGACUGGAUGUAAUGCCCGAUGAUGUGGUCCAGAGACUGAUAGCUGCAUCACCACAAAUUUUGCUCAAGGAUUUCAUUUUCACCAAAUCAAUCAAAGCUUCUCCUGGAAAAAGAAAAUCCUUAAAUGAUCCCGUGAAAAAAAGCCUGCACGUUUCCAAAUCGAAAGGCAGACCCAAGAAGCUGGUUCACAAGACCAAAAUCACUGCAGAAAAUGCUUCGAAGAAGAAAAUAUCUUUUGCUUCCACUCCAAACGGGUCACAGCCUCCGAGCUUCAAUUCCGGGCCAUGGGGCUUUAGUCCUCAGCCGCUCGGUAACCAUUGGUUGAUCCCUGUAAUGUCCCCUUCUGAGGGGCUGGUUUACAAAUCGUACCUUGGGCCCGGAUUAAUGGGCCCAGCCUACGAAGGAUAUGGGCCGCCCGGGUCAAGCCCACUGAUGUGCAAGUUUCCAAAUCCAAUGUAUGGAGUCAGGGGCCCGCAUAGCGGCAUGCCGGUUACGAGCUGGCCUGCAUUUUCGAGCUCUUCCACCGGACAAUCGAGCGGGACACCCUUCUUGGACGGGGCUUUGGCCCGGGAUGUGACGGCCCACCAGAAGCCCAACUUUAAUUCGACUGAGGACGUUGAAACACAAGCUAGCUUUGAGAGUAGGAGCGUGCUUCCACUUUUCCCCACGUCCCCAACUAGGGAUGGGCCGAAAUCUGGCCCGCUGAAACUCGAGCCCAAGGGCCCGACUCGUGUGAUCAAGGUUGUGCCUCAUAAUGUGAGGUCUGCAAGUGAAUCUGCUGCUAGAAUUUUUAAGGUGAUACAGGAAGGAAGAAAACAAAAUUGA